AUUCAACAUGGCAGAAAGUGAGGCGAUUCAUUUGCUCGAUGAUGAUGUUGCCAAUCCUGAUCAGCAGACAGCUGUUAAAAACUCAGAAAUAUCAUCUUCGACCGAAAGAAAAUGUAAAGUAUACAAGAGACGAUGGUAUGUGCUUUUCGUGUUCACGAUGACCUCCAUGGUAUCCAACAUGAUGUGGAAUACAUGGGGUCCUAUCCAAAGACCUUGUCGACUUGUGUUCGGUUGGAAAAAAUGGACAGUGCUCUUGUUGUCGGCACUGGGAGCGAUCGGUCCUAUUAUAGGUGCUUUUCCCUCAACGUGGCUGAUGGAUACAAAAGGAUUAAGGUUAUCUGUUCAGGUUACAUCUGUAAUGCUGCUGGUUGGUAAAGCAAUCCAAGUGAUUCCUAUCUAUAACCUUACAAUAAGAACUAUUGUUAUAUACAUCGGCCACUUAAUAACAAUGCUACCAAGCUUUAUACCAAAUGGAGCUCCACCCUUGGUAUCAGCAACUUGGUUCCCUCCAAAUGAACGCACAACUGCCACAGCCAUUGGUGCCCUCGCUGCUAAUAUUGGGACAGCUUUGGCUUUCUUUAUUGGACCUACAAUGAUACCCAAGACAACUGAUACCUCUGAGGGAAAUAAACACAAUUUGACAGACAGUAAUGUUGAGUUCAUUGAAGCCAGACUCAUGGAUUACUUCUAUGUACAGAUUGGAAUUGCAGCAUUUCUUUUUUGGUGUGUUACCAUCUAUUUUCCAUCUAAACCACCCCUUCCUCCGAGCAUAACACAAUCAACAAGAAAGCAAACUGAAGUUGGUUAUGUAGAAGGAAUUAGAAUGCUGGUAACCAAUUGGUCCUAUUGGUUAUUGAUCUUUGUUUUUGCAACAUCAUUUGGCAUCUACUUUGGUUGGUCAUCAGUUUUAGAUCUUGCUGUUCAGCCAUUUAAAAUCGAUGAGAAGACUUCUGGAUUGCUGGGAACCAGUGGAAAUUCAGCUGGAAUUGUUUCUGGAAUAAUUAUUGCAAGGUCAGCAGAUAUUGUAAAGCGUUGGACAAAGGAAAUCCUUGUGGGGCUGUACAUCGGAACUAUUAUAAUGCAGCUGAUCUUCACGCUGACCUGUUCGAAAAUCUUGCCCUUCUCCCAGGAGCUUCUAUUUGCUUCAAUUAUCUGCAGUGGGUUGUUGUUUAAUGCAACAAUUCCUUUACUGUUUGAACUUAUUAUGGAGUGUGUGUACCCUGUUGGGGAGGGGACCGCUGCUGGUGUAGGCCUCAUUCUGGGUAAUGCAGUGAUAUUUGUGUUUGACGCAGCCUUCAUGUUUCCUAUGUCUAAUGUAGAGUGGAUGAACUGGGUUAGUGUUGGUGGUAUUGCAAUUUGUGUUCCUCUGCUUCUUGCGUAUAAGAGUCAAUAUCGAAGGCUUGACUUGGACACUAGUUGAAUAAACCACUGUCGUCCUAGACUAUGAGCAGUCACUCCUUUUUGGGUGAAAAAAAAAUAAGCAAAACAAUUUGAUGUUUUUGUGGUGCACAAAACUCUUGAAGUAAGGAGGGUAUCUGAAUUUUUUUCUCUAUGUUGACUUAUGUUUUACUCAUGCAACAGAUUUUGCUGCAAAAGAAGGACUUCUUAUAGUCUACUGUCAUCCACUCAAUUAGUUUUGAAUGGUUGAAAAUAUUAAUAUGUUUUUCAAUAUUUACCAAAGGCCUCAGGGUGGAACAGUUGAAAAUUGAGUUUCAAUGUAAAAUGACCUGGUAAAAUUAAGCUUUGGGCAAAAAUUUUCAUUGUUUUCUUCUCUGUCACUUUGACUCAUGAUGGAAGGUACAAAGUACCCAGAGAUUUGGUUAAUAUAUUAUCAAGGAUUAUUUUCAAUUUUUGAUCUUCAUCAAGUAUAAGUAGUUUUGAAAACAGAAUGAUAAUAACAUGGUUAAACCAACUGUCCUAGGGAAAACAGAGAAAAAUACUUUUAAAUUGUAAAUACGACAAAAUUUAAUUUAUUGAAAUCAUUUAAUUGGGCAGACAAACAAAAAACAAAAGUCUUAUUUUGUGAUGAGUUGGGUAGAAACUGUCAAUAAAACUGUGGUUCAGU